CGCAGCAAUCGUGACUUCAUCACACCCUUUUGCUCCUCGCCUGCGCAUUAGCGGGAUACGAACAGGGCGGGGCUGCGGCGGCUUCUGAGUCUCUCCGGGCAGUCUUCCUCGUCGCGAGCGUGAGAUCUGUUGGCGAAGGGCAGUUAGGGCGAGAUCCGCGACAUGUCGAGCACCGUCGAUCUGGCUGGGGAGCCGAUCCCCACCUCAGCCGUCCUCAUGGCCGCUUCCAAGCACAUCGCCGUGCGGUGCCGGGCCGAGAACUUGGCAUUCCUUAAGUGCAAGAAGAAGGACCCCAAUCCGGAGAAAUGCCUCGACAAGGGUCGUCAGGUCACGAGCUGUGUCCUACAUCUGCUGAAGGAACUCCAUCAGAAAUGUCCUAAAGAGAUGGAUGCUUAUGCUGGCUGCAUGUACUACUACACCAAUGAGUUUGACUUGUGCCGCCCAGAGCAGGAAGCAUUUGAGAAGGCUUUCCCGAUAUCCAAGUAAUUACCGUCAUCUUUUGAGUAUUGAUGAAGACAUCGACUUCCUCUGUUGGCCUUUGCCACAUAAGAAACAACCAGUGGCAUGAAAAUGCUUGUCACCAGGAUCUGUGCUGAUCUUGUUCUUUGAAUCAUAUUUCAUUUGAACUAAUGUUGCUCAAGAUACCUUUCCUCCAUAUUGGCUCAAUGAAUAAGCUCCCAGGACAUGCAGUGUUUCAAUUUA